UGGCAAGCGAUGCCAAGACAAUAGAAUGAAACCCUUGAUUUAAGUCACAUAAUCUUUAAGAAAGAUUAUAUAACUUGUCAGAGCAAAAAUGUAAAGUCGAACUGGUAAAAAAAGUUAAAUUUUAAAAGAGAUUUCCAAAUAUAGUUACUGUGCGGUAUACAAAAAGCAGCAAUAGGCCACCAAGCAAGCAAACCUUCCCUUUGCUUCUUCUUUGAUAUAUAUGGCUCGUGGCAAUCCGAUUAAAUCUACCCCUCAACAUGAAAGAAAUAUGUUAAAAGGCUUUUUUCGAACAGUAAAGAAAAAAAAUAUAUUCUGCGUUGUAAUAAGAAACGACGCAUUUUAGUGAUUUUAUACACAUGGCGUGAAAAACCAAGAGAGCGACUAAUUAAGAUCACGAGUUCAGGUGGAAUUCCACCAUAUAUGGGCUCUAGCGGAAGUGAUAGCCGUUAUCAAGCGACAACUGACUGCCUGACUGUAGCGGCCUCUGACAUUUCGAAUGGAUCAUUAAAAACUUAGACGACAUUUAUCUUUGCUGUCACUGUGAUCGAGGCGGCUUGGACGGCCAAGAGAAGAUGGGGCCGAGCAUCGGAACGCGACUGUGCUGGCUACUGGUCGCGGUGAGCGCUAUAUGGCUGCAGGCCUGUGCGGGUCAGGUGGACUGGAAAUGCAUGCCAGCUUGCAAGUGCUUCUGGGUGUCCGGCAAAAAGACGGCCAAAUGCUUGCGGGUCAACCUGACGGACGAGCUGUCACCGGAGCUCCAGCAGCUGGACUUGACCGGUAGCGAGGUGACCGAGCUGGGCGAUAGCGCGUUUACGCGCAUCCACCUGGAUAACCUGCAGAAGCUGGUGAUGCGCGAUUGUCAGCUGCGCGUCUUGAACGCCGGAGCGUUCAACGGGCUGCACAUCAUCAUCGAGAUCGACCUGUCGCACAACAAGCUAAGUCAGCUGCAUCGCGGCAGCUUCGACCAGACCGAGCGCCUGCGCGUGCUAUUGCUCAAUCACAACCAGCUGCAGCAGCUCGAGGACGGCCUCUUCCACGACCUGCUCUUCCUGCAAAAGGUCAAGCUGAGCGACAACCAUCUGGUACAGGUGGGCCAGCGCAGCUUCCACAACUUGCCGGGCCUGACCAGCCUGGAGCUCGACGGCAACAACCUGACGCACCUCGAGGUUGCCAGCUUCGAGGGCCUACCCAAGCUCGGCGGCCUUGAGCUGCGCAAGAAUCCCUGGCACUGCGACUGUCAGCUGCGCGCCUUCCGCGACUGGGCGCUGCAGCGCAAGCUGUACACGCGGCCGACCGCCUGUGCGCUGCCGCCGCGGCUGCAGGGUCGCGCCUGGGAUGAGCUGCUGCCCGAGGAGCUGGCCUGCCUGGGACGCGUGGACGCGCUGGGCGCGCGCGCACUGUCCGAUGCAUCGUUGCUGCUCUACUGCCGUGCGGAGGGCAGCCCACGGCCGCGCAUCGCUUGGGUAUACCGCCAGCGCCUGCUGGGCAACUCGACCAAGCGCCCGGCCUCGGAGCGCGGCUACCGGCUGCGCCAGCAGCAGGGCUGGGCCAACCUGACAAUUCCCGAGCCCGGGCCCGCCGACCGCGGCGAGUACAUCUGCGUGGCCAGUAACUCCGCCGGCAGCGUGGAGCGCAACCUCAGCCUGCCACUGGGCCUGGCGCCGGGCGAAGAGGCCGGCACUCGGUCGGGCGGCGACACGCUGCUCGACCUGCGGCUCGCCUUGGGCCUCGGCCUCGUGGCCUUCGUCUUCCUGCUGCUGGCCAUCACGCUCUGUCUGUGCUACUGCCGGCGGCGACGACCGCGCGGCGACGAGAAAGGCCAGGAGGCCGCUUCGCUCGACCAGCACGGCCUCGGCGAGCAGGAAAAAUCUCUCAUCACGGCUAUCAACCCCGUUGUUAAGCCACCGCGUAGGUACGACGCGCCCUCCGUCACCUCCCAUGGCACCGAGAUGACCGAGCUCAACAGGACGCUCCUUGACAAUGACUCCGUCUUUGCUGACGGCGUGGGCAGUGUGGUCGGAGUGCUGGCGAACGGGCUCCACGAGGAGGAGCUGCGAGGUCGAGCGAGCCCCGAGCUGGAGGCAAUGAUGUGCGGCUCGAACGGUUUAGCAGCGAGUUGCGGUCAGCACGGCGGCAGCAUAAUCAGCGGUAUCGGCACACUCUCGCGCAACACCACACCGUACCGCCAGUACCCGCCGGAUUUGCUGGCCUUCUCGGCUGGGCGCAAUUGUUCGCCGACCUCGCAGGCCUCUACCGCCCCGGACAACUCGCGCCUCCAGCAGCAACCAUCCUCGCCGGUUCCGGUGGGCAUCGUGGCCGCUUACACGCAGAUUGGCUUCAAGACGCUGCCCCAUCCGGUGCGCUCGAGUUCGGCAACACCCUACAGCCUUGGCCAUAACUACCCGUCGAUGCCGAGACACGCGGCCUACGGAACGAUACCUCGCAGACCCAGGGCACCUAGUUGGAGCAGCGUUCCACCCAUCUCGCCGACUGAGCGAGAGCUUGCAGAGCCCACAGAGCCGGUGUACGACAAUCUGGGCGUGCGCAGGACCGCCGACGGCAGCUCGAACUCGGUGCUGUCGCUGAACAAGAGCCCGGAGCCGGGGCUGUCGAUGCGCGGCAGGCCGCUGCCGGCGACGCCGACCCAGACGCCGGGCACGCCCAGCUCGGAGUGCUCGCUACCCGUGGCGCGCGGCCCGACCCAGCUGUUCGCGGAUCGCUCUGCUCCGGAGGGCGCCUCGGAGUGGCCCGCCCAGGAGGAGCUCCGCUCGUCGGCCCGCUUCGACCAACUGUCUCAGCAGGUGGAAGAGGCGGCGGAAGCGCCAUCGCCGGCGCCGUCGCCAGCGCCGGCACCGGCAGCGCGCGAGGACAAGCCGCCGAGCUGCGACAGCCCCAGCCUCGACAGCAUCAGCAGCUCUACGCCGAAGAAGGUGCCGCCGAGGCCGCCGCCCAAACCCAAGAAGAAGAGCGCCAAUGGCCCCCUCUACGAGGACGAGGGCGAGGACGGCACGGAGGUAUGAUUGUUGCGGUUGAUCGGCGCGCGCGUAUGAGAGCGGGCGCCGAAGGCUGGCAGCCAGAGCCGGCUGCUGCCGCUGAUCCUCGCUAGCUUGGCCGCGUGCAACGGGGGACCGCUAGUGCCUUUAACGCUGACGCGCGCCGCAGACUGAGAGCAGAGAAGCGAAAGGCCGCUCGCAUCCGGGACGCCGCUGCCAGGGGACGGGCCUUUCGACUCUUUCAUGCCAUGGCUUCCAGCGCACUAGCCUAUCUCUCGAGGGCGGCGGGCCUGUGGAGAGCGAGGAGCCUCAGCCCGACGGGCUCUGCGUUGCACCAGCACACUCGCUUGUACUUGACGCUGCGUGCUACCACUGGCCGCAAACCAGCGCUAUCGUUCACCUUUCUACAAACUGUAAUAUGCUGUCUAAGGGAAUCAAGCUACUUGUAUAUUGUUGUUAACGAGUCGAACUGCAUCGUUUACCUGAUCAUUUACGUUGCCUUUUCCCGUCGAGCGACACUUUCUUUCUCUACGACCUAGAUCUUCCUGCGACACACGCGUCUCCGGUGGCAAUCAACUGAAAAUCUAUUUCUAAGUGUUCUCUGAACUAUGUUCAAUAUUUUAUCGUCUACCCUCGCGCAAGGACCAUGCAUUGACUAUUUCGACGAUGCCAUUACGUACGGACUAAUCCGAGAGUAUUUUAUAAUGAAUAAUUCUGCCUUGAUUAAUAUUAUUAAUCAGGCAGAAUUGAAAACAAUAAUCUAGCACAAACUUUCUUUUCAUAAAAGUGGUAUUUAUGUAUAUAUCGACGAAAUGCACUAUAUUGAAAAACAAAAAAUAAUUCUACGUCUUGCUAGUAUAGGACGAGACCUUUGCGAUUGUAUGCAUGUAUCCAAUCAGGUCUGCGGAUAAUUCUGUACGAUCUUAUUAUAUAUAAAUUAUUGUGCCCAGUAACAGUAUAAGAAAUGAUAUACGCUAAUUUACGCCACGUUACUGUGCACAAUGGUUUAUGUGUACAAUAAAACCGUGCAGAAUUGUUCAUACGCCUCCACAAUCCUAUCACUUGAAUAUUUCUUUUUCAAUCAUGGUGCUAACGAAAUUUUACUUGAACAAAAGCAACGAAUGACUGGUUGAAAGUUGAUAACUGUUCGUUCUACUUUUCUCAACUCACCAAUUAACUGUUUUUCGCACGUUCUCGCAUUCGUUAACGUUGUUCCCUUUUAUUGCGUCAUAUGUAAAAAAAACCAAUACUCGGUGGUCAUUUACGUAGAACUAAGUCUUGAAAUGUUCGAUAUAUUCUUCGAUAUAAGGGUGCCGAUUAUUUGAGUCUUUCGGUAAGAUCGUCUUAAGUAAAAAUGAUCACUGUAAUAUAGAUAUAUCGAAAAAUGAUAAUAAAAUAAAUAAAGAGAAACAAAAACGAACAAAAAUUUACUCUACGUGGGCUACGAAGACUCUAUGUAUAUAUUGUAUAUUAAAAAAAAUCGCUAUUGCAAGGAAACCCUUUUUAUGCAUGGAUUUUUUGCAUCUUUCUCUUAUUAAGAAUUUUUAUACUAAGUUCAAAACAAAUUCGUCAUUGACUAUAUGAGUAAUAAUACUUUACUGCCAUGUGUUCUAUUAACUUUUUUCCUGUUACUUUCAGAAAAUAUGAUAAUCAUACUAAGUAAUCAGCUUUCUAUUUUGCUUUUGUUAUAUUAAUCACAAAAAAGGAUUGUAUAUCAAACUAUGUAUUUUUAUACUUUUUUUAUCUUUUUAUCGAUUAAGAUAUUACAUAGAAAUGUAAAUUUCAGAUAAUUUGUGAAUUAUUGUUGAUGAGGGCCAUAAUUAUCUUAGCAUUACUAAUUCAUGUGCAUUAGUUUAUGUUUAAAUAUUUUAUAUUUCAUCACUUUCGAGAUAAAUUUAAUUUCUAAUUUAUCUAAUUUAAUUACCUAAAUGCAGGUUUUACUCUUUCAAAACUGCUUAACUGAAAAAAAUCGUGUCAUCAGAGAUAGGUUUUAUUAUAGAAAAUUGAAUAAAAAAUGGAAGAGCACGUUGUAUUCAGUAUUUAUAAAAGGUCGCCUAUAUACUUACAUGACAUUUAUAAUCUUGAGUGAAAAAUAAUUGCAUAUUUAAGAUGUAGUCUUAUUUUAUGCGAACCAAAGAAGUUUUCACAUUGUAAAACUUUUACAUGAAUUAUAAAUAUUACUGAAUGUAUACAUUUGAUCUUUACAAUACUGUACAGUUGAAAUUAAAACUGACUCGAAAUGAUGACAAAAUUAAAUUAUAAUAGCAUUUCGUAGCCCACUCUUCGGAAAAUUUUUUUAUGUAUAUAUGACUUUCCUGAAAGGCCAAGACUCUGUCAAUCUUAAUGGAUAUCCGUAUAAAUAAUUUUUUUACAAAAAAUAUAUGCAGUGAAAAAGUAGUAUAGAGUAAACACAUACAACAGAGCAAUUCAUUAAGUUCUAUGUGGAUGGUGGCGUGAUUUAAUUUGUCAUUAAUUAUAUGAAAAAUUGAUUCAAAGAAAACUAUAAGUAAUAAGACGUAUAAUAUAUAAUAUACACGAAGAUUGAAAAAGUUAUUGUUAGUGCGUUAGACAGUGUAUAAAACAUGAACAUGAAAAAUGAUGCUCAAAGGUAUUACUAGUUUGAAAAUAAAAAGAAAAAUGAGAAACAAUAAAAAAUAUUAUUUGUUUUUCUACAAUACUUGUUACUUAUAGUUAUAUUCGUUAUGCCUAACUAGUAUGCAUGGAUUUUUAUAAAAUUGGCUUAUUAAUAUUCCGAGCAAAUUACCAGAAACAUUUUGUUCUGAGAAAAUUGCCUUAGUUAUAGUAUAUUUUAUAUAUAUAUAUAAGAAGUGAUACUUUAUUUUUCAAUGUAAUGGAAUUUGAUUAUGUGUUACGUAUGAUUAACUGCGAAGUUGGAUCAGUAUUCACGUUAAUGAAUGAGUAUUGAAUAUCAAUUAUAUAAUUUGUUUAUAGUUAUAGGGACUAUUAGAUUUAACAAUUUUUUGUUUCAUUCAUGAUGUACUAUCAUGAAAGACUUAAGUUGUAUUAUUUUUUAUAAUUUACCAAUUUUGCUUGUUAGUUCUUGAUAUGUAGUUAAACAUUUGAUCAUCAACAAUAAAAACUUCCACUGACAAAAUGAACAAUUAAUUAUUCUAUCUUGUAAAAUCUCAAACCAAAUCAAAAAGAUAACUGAAGUGUAUUUCUAUUAAAUUUUACAUUUUUUCCAAGUUUUAAUGACUGAUUUACUCAUUUAAAGUUUACGAAGUUUUAAUAAGAGCCAUCGAUCAACGUAAUUGCUAAGUUAAUUAAGUUUUUCUUUGCUAUAAAUGUUUAUCCAAAUUAAAAAUUUGAACACUGAAGCCAAUAUGUGUGUGUGUGUAUAUGUGUGUCUUU